GAAUCAGUCAGCUGUGGACCCCACAACCAGCAGCAGGACGGUCCAGCCCGGAGGUCCUGACCGGAGCUUCAAGCACUACAUUCCCCCUCUGACAUGGAUUAACAGGAGCGGGGACAGUCAGCGUUGAGCCCAGGCCCCUCCCCCCUGCGGUGGCCAGGCGGCGUCAUGGCGUCCCGGCUGCUGGACCGUCUGAAGCGCUCGCUGUUUAAAGAUGGUCAGGGGGCGGGACCUGAGCAGGAAGCAGGAGGCAUCCAGGAGGAGGAGGAGUUUAAAGAGAGUGACUGGGAGGCGGAGCUUGAGGAGGAGGAGGAGUGUGUGACCGACCGGCUCGGGGGGACGCUGUGCUUCGACAGCGGAGGAGGAGGAGGAGAGGAUGGAGCCGAGGGCGAAGGCUCGGGGCUGGACAGUGACUCCGACUUCCUGGGAGAGUCGAUGGAGGAGGGGCUCAGCAGCGCAGACACCAGUCCUGUGGGCGUGUCUCCAGUAGCCCCCUCUCCCUCCUCCACCUCCCUGCUGACGCGGCAGCUUCAGGAGAGCUGGAGGAGUCUUCGUGGACUCGGUGGAGGAAGCCCCACCCCCGCUGGGAGGCGACUGACCGACAACCUGUUGUUCGAAGUGACGGAUGCCAGCGUGGUUCAGGACAGCUCCUCCAAAUAUGUGCUGUACACCAUCCACGUGAUCCAGUCCGGCGGCAGCGAUAAGACGCCGGCCAUCAUCACCCGCCGAUACUCUGACUUCCAGAGGCUGCACGCCACGCUGCGCCGUAACCACGGAGACCAGAUGGAGCGCGUCUGUUUCCCACGAAAGAAGCUGCGCAGGAACUUCACGGCGGAGACGAUCGCCAAGAGGAGCCGGGCGUUCGAACAGUACCUGUAUCACCUGUGUUCCCUCUCCACCCUGCGGGGGGCGCUGUGUGUCCGGCAGUUCUUCUACCUGACUGACCUGCAGGCCGGACAGCUUCUCAUCAGGGUGGGACGUUACCAGGAGGCCUUGGGUCCGCUGCUCAACGCCAAGAGACUGCAACACAAACUGGGCUGGGCGAGUUACUAUGACAACCAGGCUCAGGCCCCACCCCCGGCCUCUUCCCAUUGGUUCUUCACCCUGGUUGGGCUGUCGAGCUGUUUCCAGGAAGUGGACCAGCUGGAGGAGGCCCGGGAUCACUGUGACCACGCUCUGCGUGUUCUGACGCCCGCCGAGACUGAGACUCACUCAGAGGACAGGUCCCGCCCACUCACUGACGAGCCCCACCCACAGACUGACCAGCACGACUCAUCGCAGCAGCAUAUAGACAGGCCACACCCCCUUCUGUUGCCGUUGUUACGGGCGGUGGUACGGCUGUCGUGGCAGACGGGAAGAGACAAGCGCCGGUGGGAGGAGCUUCUGCGGCACCUGGAGGAGCAGUGGGCGGGGCUAGACAAUCAGCCAACCAUCACAGAGUUUCUGGUCAAACACAACCUGGAGGAGAGCGAGGGGGAGGGCUAGCUGCACACACACACACACACACAGACACACACUGCAGAGUACAAUCACUACGCUAGGAGACGAGCGCUGCGGCCGGUGAGCAGAAAAACACCUGAGAGUUUUAAAGUCGUAAUAUCAAGAAUUAAUAGUUUUUAAUUUUAUACAUCAUGAGAAAAUCAUAUUUCUAACUACACGUGAAGAUUGUUUCUCAUAACACAAAAACAUACUAAACAAAGAAAAGGUGAGAUAAAAAUAUUUGUAACAUUUGGAGAAAGAAAUCAUUUAAGUCUGAAUUUAAGUUACACUUUCAAAAUAAAGGCACCAAAACUACUCAUACUGACUUUUUGGGGCAGUAUUGAUAAAUCAGCAGAAUAUAAACAUACACACACGUUUCACUGUAUUUAUCAAAGUGAAAUCAAGUGACACAUACUUAUGAUAUUUUACAGUUUAACAUUCAACUUGUUAAAUAUGAGAUCAACAGUGAAACGAUGAACAUCACUGUUGAAUUUAACAACUAUAAAUCACACUGAUCACACAUGUUCUGUAAAAACAACAAACACAGACACCAACACUUACAUAUCAGUCUCUUAUCUUACAUGGGGCUAUUUUUUCAUCAUAAUUUGACUUUUCCUCAAAUUUAAAACUUCUUUUGUCAGAAUAUUGAAAUCCUCCAGAAUCUCAGUGGCCGUAACGCUCGUCAUCACUCAGUCACACUCCUGAAGCCUUAAAGCAGGUCGGCAGAUCCGAACGUCGUUGCUCCGACUUCACUCUGAUCCUACGAGAAUAAUCAGUGUUGUUUUCAAUCGAUCAGCUGUUUCUCUCUCUGAUUAGUUUCACGGAUGGAUUUGCACCUUUUGAAUCCAGCUGCCUCAGAAAGGAAACUGUGAUGCACACGUGUCUGUGUAGCACUUUUCUGUGAAAUCUGAAAUAAGUUUUAACAGAUCAUUAUUAUUAUUAUUAUUAUUAUUAUUAUUAUUAUUAUUAUUGUGGGGAUUAUUUACAGGAUUUACUUGGAGAUUAAGAUUCCAGUUUAGAUUUUAGGGAGAAACUUAUUUAUUGCACUUUUUAAAUCAUACAGCAGCAUCCUGGCUCUUUUCUCCUGCAGCGGGCGAUUUGAUUGGAUGCUGUGUGAGGCAUUAAAUCACCAGGCAACCUUUUAUCAGCAGGAGCCAUUAAAGCACUUAGAGACACGUCAGCUGACUCACACACGGCUGUUUCAGUCUUUACUUCAGCUCACCGUCAGAUACGUUCGUGGACAAAUCUGCUGCUCCUCAGUGAUGAACAUGUUUCUGUGUGUGGUUUGGAGACCAGAUAAGGGAUUAAUAUAGAUGUGAAGACGUGAUUCACAGGAGCAGGAAUGUCAUUUUUAAUCUGACAGGUUCUGUGUCUGUUAGGAGGAAAUGAUCCGAUGUGAAGAGUUUAGAACGAGGUUUUUAAUGCUGCUGUGAAACAAGCGAUUAAUGAGGGAUGAGACGACGUCAUUAAAGACAAAACACACACAGGGGAGAUGAUCAAGCAUUAAAUCUGACCGCUGGGUUAAAUUGGCAUUAACAUUAUGUUACUCUGCACAUGUACGGAUGCAGACGAGCUGCCUCCUCACUGACCCACAACAAUAUGCACACUCACAUUAAUACUCGACAUGUACUCAGCCUUACUGCGAUGCCUUCCUCAGAGCAGCUCUCUCAUUUCCUGCUUCUUCUUCUCUGCAUCCUGAAAAAAUGUGUCAUUCUGUUUACAGAAAGUAUCACCAGUAUUUGUAUUUCUUACUUGACCCUGUGGAGGAUUCACACAAAUCCAACGGUCCUGAACUUUUCAGACGAUUGUGACCUAAUCACACAGGUCGUUACAGGACACUGAAUCUAAACUGACUUUCUCUAACGGCAGCACGACUGUCGCCUCCGUUACUGAGGUUUUUUGAUUUCUGACACCAAAAUUAAACUUUUAGAGCCAGUAAAAAUAAAAGGUUCAACAGACUUCAUGCAAGAAAACUUAAAAAGACCGAGGCUGUUCAGACUGAUGUUAACAUCUGUCCUGAGGGAUCUGACCCCGUGUCGACAGAUCCAGAAGUCCAGAAGCUGAACCUUUUGAGAUCCGAUCUCUCAGAGAUGUUUUUGGUUGCAUGUAGCCACGUUCUCUCUCUCUGACCUCCGUCUGCUUCAUGUCUGGUCUCUCUUCACCUUCCACUGUUAGCAGCAGAUGUUUGUGAACACACUGAGCCAACAACAACAUCACCAGACUCCCUUAACAAAUGAUGUGAUUUUUAGAGUUGUUGAGUGAGGAGAACAUUGAUCAGCUGUUUGAACACACUGUU